CUGAAGAACACGGUCUUGGCCUGGUCCUUGUUACACAUUCCAAAAAUACAACACUAACCCUUGAAUUGCAAAAUGCAAGGGGAGCCAAACCCAAGUGCUUCCCUUAUUGACAGAACCAUCAAGAUGAGAAGAGAAACAGAAGCUAGGAAAGUGGUUUUAGCCUGGGGACUCCUAAAUGUGUCUAUGGCUGGAAUGAUAUAUACUGAAAUGACUGGAAAAUUGAUUAGUUCUUAUUAUAAUGUGACAUAUUGGCCCCUCUGGUAUAUAGAGCUUGCCCUUGCAUCUCUCUUCAGUCUAAACGCCUUAUUUGAUUUUUGGAGGUAUUUCAAAUACACUGUGGCACCAACAAGUCUGGUUGUUAGCCCUGGACAGCAAACACUUUUAGGGUUGAAAACAGCUGUUGUACAGACUACUCCUCCACGUGAUCUGGCAGCAGCCCAAAUCCCUCCCUCUCCACCUUCUUCAAUUCAGGGUCAGAGUGUGUUAAGUUAUAGCCCAUCUCGCUCACCCAGUACCAGCCCCAAGUUCACCACCAGCUGUAUAACUGGAUAUAGCCCUCAGCUGCAGGGUCUGUCGUCAGGUGGCAGUGGCUCUUACAGCCCCGGAGUGACCUACUCACCCAUCAGUGGUUAUAACAAGCUGGCAAGCUAUAGUCCCUCUCCUUCUUCUCCGUAUCCUACCACUGUUGGUCCAGUGGAGAGCAGUGGAUUGAGAUCUCGCUACCGUUCCUCACCCACCGUCUACAACUCCCCUACUGACAAAGAAGACUACAUGACCGACCUGCGAACCUUGGAUACUUUCCUUAGAAGUGAAGAAGAAAAACAGCAUAGAGUUAAGCUGGGAAGCCCAGAUUCUACGUCGCCGUCCACCAGUCCUACUUUCUGGAACUACAAUCGUUCUGUGGGGGAUUAUGCACAGACUUUGAAGAAGUUUCAGUAUCAGCUUGCCUGUAGGUCUCAGGCGCCAUGUGCUAACAAAGAUGAAGCCGAUCUCAGCUCUAAACAAGCUGCAGAGGAGGUUUGGGCAAGAGUAACUAUGAAUAGACAACUUCUUGAUCAUAUGGAUUCAUGGACAGCUAAGUUCAGAAAUUGGAUCAAUGAGACAAUAUUAGUGCCGCUUGUGCAAGAGAUUGAGUCUGUCAGCACGCAGAUGAGGCGAAUGGGUUGUCCAGAGCUGCAAAUAGGAGAGGCUAGUAUUACUAGCUUGAAACAGGCUGCUUUAGUCAAAGCUCCACUCAUUCCAACUCUGAAUACAAUCGUGCAGUAUCUAGACCUCACUCCAAAUCAGGAAUACUUGUUUGACAGGAUCAAAGAACUUUCUCAGGGAGGCUGUAUGAGCUCAUUUCGAUGGAAUAGAGGUGGAGACUUUAAAGGUCGCAAGUGGGAUACAGACCUGCCCACGGAUUCUGCUAUCGUCAUGCAUGUAUUUUGCACCUACCUUGAUUCCAGAUUACCUCCACAUCCUAAAUAUCCUGAUGGAAAAACAUUUACUUCUCAGCACUUUGUUCAGACACCAAAUAAACCAGAUGUGACAAAUGAGAACGUUUUCUGCAUUUAUCAGAGUGCUGUCAACCCUCCCCAUUAUGAGCUCACCUACCAGCGCCAUGUCUACAAUCUUCCAAAGGGCCGAAAUAAUAUGUUUCAUACACUGUUGAUGUUCCUCUACAUUAUAAAAACCAAAGAGUCAGGAAUGCUUGGGAGAGUUAAUCUUGGCCUCUCUGGUGUGAAUAUUUUGUGGAUUUUUGGAGAGUAGUGGAUAAUUUAAUUCCAAACAUUUGGACUUCAUUUGACUGAAUCUAAGCAUCUGAGUCACUGCCUGUUCUGAAAUAAGAUACUAUGUGUAUGUUACAAACUCUUUAGAUGUAACAGAAAAUAGCUAGUGUGAAACAUAUUCUACACCAAGAAAAAUUACCUUCAAUUUUUUAUCAUUUCAGAAAAAACUACAACUCUUCAGAUUUUUGUUGACACAAAACAGUGUGGUUACCCCUUAAUUAAUUUGAGUACUUCUUCAUUGUAACCGCCAAAUAAGAAUCAUUCACCGUAUUGUUCCCCACAAAAUUGUUUUUUCAAUUGAAUUAUUUAGUAUAAAUAAUUAAAAAGAAACAAGCAAAUUGCUCAUUUUUUUUAAUGUCUAUAUUUCCCCAGUGUUUGGCAAAUGAG